AUGUUUAUUGCCGAGUCUUUGUGUCUGGUUGCCCACGGUUUGGAUCUGCUGUAUAGAAAACGGGUCCUCAAACUCCCGCGUGGAUACGGCAAAUUUGAGUUCAUAGAUCCUCCAAGUUCGGCUCUGUUAUAUCGGGUAACUCCAUGGUGGUGGUUCGCCCUCCCCUCACUCUGCGAUAUCUUGGGCACGGCCACCAUCAACUUUGCCUUCACCAUGACCUACGCCUCCACCGUUCAGCUGCUCAGAAAUUCUGUUAUGAUUUUCACAGCGCUCAAUACUUUAGUCGUCAUGAGACGACCAUUGCUGGUCUGCGAAUGGACAGGCAUCAUUAUUAUGACCCUUGGAAUGGUCAUUGCGGGCGCAGAAUCUCUUCGAAAUCCAGAAGCCGAGAGCAACCAUUCAGGUUCAGCAGUUCUCGGGAUCAUUUUGACGCUUCUGGGUACUUCCCUGAACGCUUGCACUCUCAUUUUCGAAGAAGCACUCCUGAAGAAACGCUAUUCGCCUCCUCUUAGAGCUGUAGGGUUCGCAGGAAUCACCGGAAUCAUGUGGAAUUUAGUAGCGCUCCCAAUCGCGCACGUGUGCAAAAUCCAAAAUCUAGAACAUGGAUGGCACCAGCUGCUUUCAUCCGCGACCUUAAAGGGUUCAGUGAUGGCUUUCAUCUGUUCGUCAUUCAUUUUCAACUCCACGGGAAUGUUUGUGACGCAAUUGGGCAGCGGGCUGCUAAAAGGUUUACUCUACAGUUGCCGCGCGCCUAUUAUAUGGGUUGUGGAGAUUCUGCUGCGAUGGCAAGCGUAUAACCGCUUCGGUCUCAUCGGGCUGAUUGCGACAUUCGGAGGCUUUAUCGUCUUCACCAACGUCCUGAAGUUGGGGUCUUUUUGGACCACGCCCGUUGGCUGCGGAUUAACUCCCAAGCGGCCUUCGGUAGUUUUGAUACCGCCCUCUAUCUGA